AUGGCACCCAUGACUCGGAGUGGUGCCAGCUCCUUGGCUCCUGAAGGGUUGCAAUCUAAACCUCACCAGAGAUAUCGAGAGCCUAGCUGGCACUUUGUAGGAUCGGACGAUCGAUCUGAACGAGCACUCUCCGAAGAACCGACCUCCUCCUACGAUGAAGACGUAGACAUGAGGUCCGACCGUGAUGAAGAAGAUGAUGACCGACAGUUUCUGCUUGAGGGUCCAGAGGACCACGAAGAUAUUCUCCAUCCUCUCCGCGAGGCAGCAGAUCGAGUUGGUAGAGAGGUGGAAAAGUUUGCCGAGGUCCUAGACGGUUAUACUAUACAGCAACCCGACGGCGAUGAAGAAAGGCACGGAAUGGUCCUGGAACUCCUUGACAAGUAUCACACGAUCGCAAUAGAAACGGUAAAGCGCCUAGGCGAAAGGCAUGAUGCAGAGCGGCGGCAGAAAUCUGGUCUUAGACAGAGGAAACGGAUGCGUGGUAUCGAUAAUGCUGGAGACGCAUUAGAAAUCGACGACGAAGAUCAAGAAGACUCUCCCUUACCCGAUGCGCCCACUGACCUGGCUGAUCUGGAGCGUUGGGAGCAGGAGGCACGGACCUGGGACUUGUUGCGCCGACUCGUAUAUCUGCGAUAUGCUCCAGCGGAAACCAGUCAACGAAAGAAGCCAGCGCCGGUACUUCACAAGUAUUCAAGCGGGCUUGAACUGUGGGAUAAUUUCUUGGAGACUGACACACUUGCUCUCGAACGCAAGACUGUUCUCCAAUGGCUGAAGGAUGCUGCAAAGGAAGAUGGCGAACCUAUCGACGAGCUGGUACAGGAGCUCCAACAAAAUGCCGAAAGGGGAGACAUUAUAGCCCACGGGUGGAUCCAUACAAAAGAAGCUGUGAAGAAAGAGAAGCGACUUCAUACGUGGAGUAAACCUUUGGAUCCGUCGGCACCAGAACUAAAGGCCUUCUUGAAUACUUCGAAGACAGCACUACUAGUCACCCAACUUGAUCCUGAUGCUUCAACCAGGCAAAACAGAAAGCUAGAGAUGCAAGAUCAAUAUUUUGAGCGUGCCAUAUGGCUAGGCUGUUACGAGAUGCUUCGCCGGGGAAGUACUCCAGCCGAGAUCAGAGACUGGUGUGUUGACCGCAGCCAGGUUUGGAGAGCUGUCAGUAUGUCGGGUUUACCUGACGGGGAUGAGGAAGAUGCAGAGAUUGCAGAUCCUGCGUCCUGGACUCUGUGGAGGCGGACUUGUUUUGCUCUGGCUCGUCACGGAGGAGGAGCGUCAGGAGAUGACUUCGAACGGGCUGUCUAUGGAAUCCUUAGUGGAGACAUCGCAAGCGUUGAGCCUGUUUGUGGGUCAUGGGAUGAUUUUGUAUUCGUCCACUACAAUGCCUUGCUACGGACACAGUUUGACAACUACCUCCAGAGCCUCCCCUUCCACAAAUCAGUGUCCGCUACCAUUUCAAACUUCGGUGCCUUCGAUGCCGUCCAGUUUCAUGGCGAACCCCAAGGUGCUGGGAAGAGGCUUAUCGAGACCUUGAGAAACGAUUCGCGGACUAGAGAUGAAGCAUCGAGCCCCAUGAAGAUGCUGCAAGGCGUUUUGAUCGCAGAUAUUUUCAAGGAUUUUAUUCAUCAACAGGGUCUGGCGUUUUCAAAACUGGCCAACGCUCAACAGCCAUCAAAUGUAAUUCCCAAAGAAAAAACCCAUCCCGACAGCGUCCACAACUACAUCGGCACCGAAGACCACGAUAGUUUAAGAGUCUUCACGCAUGUUUUGCUGGUGUUCAUGCACCUCGGUCUUGACCUGGGUGGCAGCUGGAGGCAGACCGCGGUUGAAAAUGUCAUCGUGUCCUACAUCAGCUUUCUUCGAUUCUCUGGCAAGGAAGAGUUGAUUCCCCUGUAUUGUUCGCAGCUCGAGGGCAACAGGAGAUAUGCUGUUCUUAGCAGAAUGCUAAUUGAUGUCACUGAUAUUGAACAACGAGUCACGCACGUUAGGAAUAUGAGGGAACUGGGGCUCAACGUCCAAGAGUUUGUGAACAAGCAAGCUCGAUAUUUAUUCGCCGACUUUCCUGAUAGUGAGGUCGAGUACCCUGCCCUGAAAGAAUUCAAACUUUUUGAAAGCUCAGGCCAACUCAAGGCGGAUUUUAUUGGAGAGGAUACAGCUCGGCUCCCAAGAAUCGAUGUACUUCUCAUUAGAAGUUUUGAAUGGUACUUACUAGUGGAUGGCCUUUGGAGCGAAACCUUCAGAGUUGGCACUAUGCUAUACUUACGAUUCUUUAAACACAUGCGCCUUCUUUCUGCAAAAAGCCUGAUGGCGAAGAUACCAAGUUCGAGCAUUGCAUUUAGCAAGACGCGUGCCCUGAUAGGUGAAGCUGUUGACUUCAGUGGCCUGGAGGGAGGUGACGAUGAUAUGACUGAGGUUCUAGAUGGAUCGGCAGACCGCCGAAGAUACCUCAAGAAAUAUCUUGUUGAGCAGGCAAAGUCUUUUAGAGAGCUUGAGAGUUUGGCACAAGCUCUAGAUCUGAUUGAGACUGUGAAAAGUUUUGAAACUCUUUUAGCAGAGCAGCAGGAAUGGAAUCCAGCCAUUCGCGGAGAGCUAGCGAAACAUUGCACAAUGGAACUAAGGGUAAUGCAGCCCUUGUUCAAUCAAUGGCUGCUCACAUGCCCGAACCAACAAUGGGAGGUAGAGUUUACACAAUUAAGAGAGGCAUACCUACCAGAGAUGAUCCUUGCGUACAUCAAAACACUCCAGUUCGCUGGCUGUGUAUUGACUCGCAACUUUCUCAUGGAAUGCAUGGAUUUGACUGCGUUAAUGGCAGAGGAAAAGUCAGAUGUGCUGCAGCUCUUUCAGAAGACGGGAAGAAUGCAAGACUUGGUUCAUGCGUUUGCAGAUGCAAGCAAGACUUUGCUGCUUAUCAGUUCCGAGAAGAAAGGUACUAGAUCAAGAGGGAAGACGGCCAGGAGCAAGGGUUGGGAACAGGAUCUGUGGAGCGUGAAGCAUUGA